CUUUGGGGAUAAGAAAGAUUUGACGAAAAAGGAUAGGGAGUUCACAUCCACUGUUUUGAGGAGUUCGAUGUCUUCAGGAACUUCGAUGGAAGGAGACUAUCCUCCAUCUGAAGGUCAAGAAGAGAGUCGUCUAUUGUACACCAGAAAUUCUAGUAGUUUAGUACUCGACUCCAUGGGUUUGUCUUCAGGAGUGUCGUCCACUAUUACUAGUCGUGAACAAGAAGUCCGAGUCACAGGAGAACGCUCUUCGACCUCCUCAACUUCGUCUUCCGUUUACGUCUGCGACCUGCUUGUGAUGAAGCUCGAAGGCAAGGACGGGCGAUCCGAGUAUGCCCUAGUCGGGCCAGCUGGAGAGAUGUAUGUGGUUCGUUCAGCUUCUAGGGCGUCUAGAAUGAGCUCGAGGUCCAGGAAAUCUAGUACCAGAACUUCUUGUGGAAGGAGCAGUUCCAGAGCGUCUCGACGAGGCUCUUCGGCAAGUAGAAACACAAGAACUAGUCGCAGAAAAUCUUCAAGAACGACGACAUCUUCUACCACGUCCACAACUCGUGCAACGAAUGGUUCAGCCCCUGGGUCGUUGGAGGAGUGGUCGUCAACCUCGUCAGAGGAAGUAGAGAAUGAAGGCAGGAGAUCAUCGUCCAGACGGAAAAGUAGUACUUCCUCUCGUGUGUCAUGUCUGUCCUCCGUGGCUUUGGACGCAAAGGGAAAUUGUGUGCUUCGGAGCAACUACACGAAUACUGGAGCGAAGAAGAGUAGUAAGAAGCUUUCAGCAUCAUCUUUCUCUUUGUCCCGAUUGACUAACGGAUCACGAAUCCGAGUCACUGCGAACGUUACCACGAAUCGCAGUUCUGCCGUGUCUUCGGUUGGGACAAUAGACAUCGAAGACAUUCUGGAGGCUUUCGAAUUGCUCCAGGAUCAUGAUAAGUUGUUUUUUGCCGAUUCUACUGACCACUUUUUCGACGUAUCCUCUGGUACUAGAAGACGUUCUGCGAGAGCAAGUAGACCCGCGAAUGAAACUUCUAUCUCCGACAUCAAGACUCAACAAGAGGAGCAUCUGCGACCACUUUCUGCUGAAGUUGUCAUCCGAGAUUGCGAAAUCGUGAAUGAGGGAGGUCGUAUGAUGCUGUUGGAUCCGACGACAGGCAGAAAGUGGGCUGCAGAACGAAGGAACCAAUUGAUUCGACGCUC